GAUAUUCAUCUCGUGGGAAUAAUUGAAUAAUUACUACAAAUUACCGAUUCAUAUUAAACAAAACACGAAGCAUAUUUCCUGCGAAUAUAUUUACAGCACUGGAACAUAGUAAAACCAAAUUAUCUGAACGUUUAUCAGAGAUAUCAGCCAGACUGUUUUAAAUUGAAAAUAAAAAACAAUUAUUAAAGUCAUUGUAUUUGUAAAAUGUCUCUAGAGAGGUUCGUUGGUAAAGUUGCUGUUGUAACUGGGGCAUCAGCUGGAAUUGGCAGAGAACUAGUGAAAGCUUUAGUGAAAGAAGGAGUAACCGUAGCUGGUUUGGCUCGUCGUUCUGAACGUAUAGAAGAAAUAGCUCAGGAACUAAAGAAUGAAAAAGGAAAAUUACACGCUUUCAAGUGUGAUUUAACUAAAGAUGAAGAAAUACUUGCUACCUUUAAGAAAAUAACUGAAACUCUUGGACCCAUUUCCAUUCUGGUAAACAACGCCGGUCUAUCUCCUGCAACGGAACUCAUCGAUGGAGACAUUAGCAAAUGGCGACAAAUAAUAGACACUAAUAUACUAGCUCUGAGCAUUUGCACCCGUGAAGCCAUUGCCAGCAUGAAAGCCAACAACAUCAAAGGCCACAUAGUCCAUAUAAACAGCAUAGCAGGCCAUAUGCCCCUAGAUCUCGUAGGAUUUUCCGUUUAUCCUGCUACAAAGUACGCGGUGACAGCUCUGACAGAAAGUUUGAGAAGGGAAAUAAACAGGAACGGACUCCCUAUUAAAGUAACGAGCGUCAGUCCUGGCUACGUUGAAACUGACUUCUUCGUCUCAAUGUACGAUUCCAAGGAUCUACCAGCCUAUCUUGAACGAUCUGGAUUAAAGGCAAAAGACGUCGCUGAUACUGUUGUAUAUGUGUUAUCAACACCCGAGCAUGUAAAUGUUGCAGGUAUUUCUAGAAGAGUGGAAAGAGUACAAGAACACGCAAACCAACUUAAGAACGGAAAUGGAUCUCUACACCCUUUCAAAUGCGACUUGACCAAAGACAAGGAAAUUUUGGAUACGUUUAAAAAAAUAAUUGAAACUUUAGGCCCAAUUCACAUAUUGGUAAAUAAUGCCGGAGUAGCACCCGCCACUGCGCUUAUAGAUGGAGAUAUCAAGAGAUGGAGACAGAUAAUAGACACAAACGUCAUAGGCUUAAGCAUAUGCACAAGAGAAGCAAUAGCCAAUAUGAAAGCAAAUAACACCAAAGGACAUAUAGUGCACGUGAACAGUGUGCUGGGUCACGAAAUAGGUGAAUUUCCAUACUUAUCCGUGUAUCCAGGAUCCAAACAUGCCGUCACCGCAUUGACUGAAUGUCUCAGAAGAGAAAUCAACAGAAACAAUCUACCCAUAAAAAUCACGAGUGUAAGUCCUGGAGGUGUAAGUACCGAAUUUGCAGAGGUAAAUCUUGGUGCUGAAGGUGUCAAAAGGUUUGAAAAUGUACCUUUGUUAUCUGCCGAUGAUGUUGCUGAUACUAUUGUCUAUGUUUUAUCCACACCGGAACACGUUAAUAUUAGAGAACUGACUGUAAACAUUCAAGGACAAUUAUACUAAAGAUGGCUGCACUAAAUACAAAUAGUUAAGCAACUCUAAUUUAAUAAAUAUUUUUUAAGGA